AUGACCUCGCCACCCAGAAUUUUCUGGUCCUUCCUAGCUAUCCUCCUUGUGCUGGGCUCUUUUGGGGUCUGCCUGCUGAUCUAUCUCAAGCCAACCCAGGGGUGGCUUUUGGGUCCCAUUGAACCCAUCUUCUUCAUACAAAGCGAUGGCCCUGACGAAACCCUUCUUCUGAUCUGGCUGAGGCCCUUUGGGGACAGGGUAAACCUGUCCUGUCUGGACCUGAACAUUUCCGGGUGCCGCAUCACUACAGACCGGAGGCUGUACGAUCGGUCCCACGGGGUCCUCUUUCACCACCAAGAUCUUCAGCCGGAUCUGAGCAACCUACCUCAGCGGCCCAGACCCACCUUUCAGAAGUGGAUCUGGAUGAACAUGGAGUCACCCAGCCACUCUCCCCCCAAGCGAGGGAUGGACCGCGUGUUCAACCUGACCCUGACUUAUCGCCGGGAUGCAGAUAUUCACGUGCCUUACGGCUUCCUCACCUUUCGCCCCAGUGACCCUAGGGAGGAAGUGAAGAAGGACAAACUUUUAUGUUGGAUAGUCAGCAACCAGAAUUCUAAGCAGAGAAUUAAGUAUUACAACGAAUUAAAGAAAUAUAUUAAAAUUCAUACUUAUGGGAAAGUGUUUGGACGCCCUCUGAGCUGGGAAAAAUUCAUCCCAACCAUUUCCUCUUGCAAGUUUUAUCUGGCCUUUGAAAAUUCCAUCCAUAAAGAUUAUAUUACAGAGAAGCUUUACAACGCGCUUUUGGCUGGAUCUGUGCCAGUGGUUUUGGGUCCUCCAAGAGAAAACUAUGAGGAUUACAUUCCAGCUCAUUCUUUCAUCCACGUGGAGGAUUUUGAGUCACCCGGGAAGCUUUCAGAGUAUCUUCUGAUGCUCAACCAAAAUGAAGCAUUGUACCUUAGUUACUUCGACUGGAGGAAGGAUUUUUCAGUGUUCCGUUCUCAAUUCUGGGCAUCACACGUGUGUCUGGCUUGUGAUCAUAUAAAGAGACAUCGGGAAUACAAGUCUGUUGGAAAUCUAGAGAAAUGGUUUUGGGAUGAAAGCUGGGUCAAUUCUUUUCCUGCACAUAUUUUUUUUAAAAGAAGGCUGACAAAAUCAUCACCCUGA